AUGCUUUCCUCAGUCUCAGCCAACACCUUCCUCCAGUCACCAAACGCGAUCCCUCCCCGAACAUCCUCCAGCGGCAUCCAUUCGAACCACGUUGCUACUUCAAAAUCGGCCCUUAGGCCUGUCCCCGAAGGCGACUGGAUAUCUCAGAGAUUGAAGCAGCAACAGGCCAGCAUAUCAAGAGCCACCGCCGGCGCGCCCUCGACAACCCGGCGUACGCGCAAAGCCACCUCAGACACCACGCCCGACGACGCAUAUCCUCACAUGCUCAACCACCAGACACAAGCGCCGACGCGCUUCGACGCGAACCGCUUCGCCACAGAAGAUUUCAACUUCACGACGACCAAGAGAACCUGGUCCGAAGACAAGGAGAAGGUGAUAUGCGGGCCCUUUGACUACCUGCUCGGCCAGCCCGGCAAGGACUUUAGGACCCAGAUCAUCACCGCCUUCAACGCCUGGCUCGAGGUGCCGCCCGAGAGCCUCGAGGUCAUCACACACAUCGUGGGGAUGCUGCACACGGCGUCGCUGCUGGUCGACGACGUCGAGGACAACUCGUCCCUGCGGAGAGGUCUGCCCGUCGCCCACAGCAUAUUUGGCGUGCCGCAGACCAUCAACAGCGCAAACUACAUCUACUUUGCCGCGCUGCAGGAGCUCAAGAAGCUACGCAACCCAGAGGCCGUCAGCAUCUUUGCCGAGGAACUCAUUCACCUGCACCGGGGCCAGGGUAUGGACCUGUUUUGGCGUGACACUCUCACGUGUCCUACCGAGGAUGACUACCUCGAGAUGGUCGGCAACAAGACGGGUGGGCUGUUUCGCUUGGGCAUAAAGCUCAUGCAGGCCGAAUCAGCGUCGCCCACCGACUGCAUCCCGCUUGCGAACCUUAUUGGCCUCAUCUUCCAGAUCCGGGACGACUACCAAAACCUCUUCUCGCGCGAGUACAGCGACAACAAGGGCAUGUGCGAGGACCUGACCGAGGGCAAGUUCUCGUUUCCCGUCAUCCACAGCAUCCGCUCCAACCCGGCCAACUUGCAGCUGCUCAACAUACUCAAGCAAAAGACCACCGACGAAGGCGUCAAGAACUACGCCGUCUCGUACAUGGAGAAGACGGGCAGCUUCGAGUAUACCAAGAAGGUGCUGGCGGUAUUAAUCGAGCGCGCCCGCAAGGUAACGGAAGAAUUGGACGCAGGGAGGGGGAAGUGCAGCGGCAUACACAAGCUCUUGGACAAGAUGGUUGUCGAGUGA